UAAUCGAGGAUCAGCGGCCUUACGUGUUGACAAUGAACUUUCUGGAUCACGACCUGCUAGCCUUAUAGAAGCAGGAUAUUACGGCAGUUCAAUAAUAGACAGUGGUUUUCCUUCUGAUGAAGAAAUACUUCAAGAAAUCAGAAAUCUCUUGUCUGCCGCUAAUUUAAUGACAAUAACCAAGAAACAAGUACGGGAUGAAUUAUCCCAAUUCUUUGGCAUGGACAUGAGUUCAAAGAAAGAAUAUAUUAACAAUUGCAUAGAAUUAAUACUUCAAGGAAAACUGUAA